AUGGCGGCUUCGUUGAGGGCACCUGAACCGUUUUCGUUCUCAUCAGCUAAUCUUGCCGCCGAGUGGAAGUUUUGGAGACGCCAGUUUGAGUAUUAUAUUCUGGCCACUCGCAAGGAUGAGAGGGACGAGGAGAUUCUGGUGGGAAUUUUAAUAACACUUCUGGGGGCUGACUGGCUGAAAAUUUUCGACACGUUUGUGUUCGCAACGUCAGGUGAUGAAAAGAAGAUAAAACCAGUGCUGGACAAGUUUGGUGACCAUUUCGAGCCCCUUAAAAGCGAAAUCUUCGAGAGGUUCAAGUUCUUACGUUGUCAUCAGCUGCCAGGCGAAUCGUUUGACUCUUGGAUAGUAUGCCUCAGGGGCAUGGCAAAAGGUUAUAAUUAUGGCGCGUCCGUUGAGUCAGUACUACGUGAUCAGGUGGUGUUGGGAGUGGCAGACUCACAAACGCGGGAAAAACUUCUCUUUGAAAAAACAUUAGACCUUGCCAAAGCGUGUGAUAUAGUCCGGCCAUUUGAAGCUUCAUGUGCCCAGCUAACACAGAUGAGUUCUGAUCGUACUGUUUGCCGGCCGGAGGAUUCGGUGAAUCGGCUAGUCGACAAGCAUGGCCGAAAAAGUGGUGGUGGCGCUCAGCAGAGGUUCGUCAGUGGUGGUGCCGACCAACAGAUGCUUGAUUGUUCGGGGUGUGGACGUCGUCAUGCAAAAGGCUGGUGUUCGGCCAAUCACAUCACCUGUUUUUCGUGUGGAGUAGCUGGUCACUAUUCUCGGCGCUGCCCCAAUCUUCAGCAGAGUCGGCAGCAAAACUUGCAUAGAGGUUCGUCAACGUCAGAGUCGUCUCGUGUUGGUGUGGGAUCUGCUCAAAAAGGGACAAAAAUGCAGCUUCAUUCGGUGGAAGGUGAGUCGGGCGUUGAAGCAGGAGAACGGUCAGUCGAAGAGUAUGUUUUCCACGAGCUCCAACAUGAACAAUACUCGUCGUUGGAGGAGAGUGAGUGGAGCGAGACAUUGAAGGUAGACGGCGUCAGCGUCAAGUUUAAGCUGGACUCGGGGGCUUCUUGCAACGUUCUGCCCAGUGAAGCGUUUCAGCGGUUGCCAACACGACGCAAACGUCUCCGUCCUGGACCGCGUCUGCGCCGGUAUGGUGCCAAACAUGGCUAUUUAACAGUUCUCGGCCUCCACACAGCGAAAGUGGUGAUUCGUGAUGUGGUACACAUAGUGGAUUUUGUGGUGGUGGACGAGCCAGGUCAGCCUUCCAUCUUGGGCCUUCCGUCUUGCCAGCGGCUCAACUUAAUACGGCGUGUUCAUUCCAUGGAAGUUGAUUCAUUUCAGCCAGCAGUGUCAGCCGUUGUCACGGAGUUUUUGGAUGUGUUUACGGGCCUGGGUAAGCUGCCGGUGGAGCAUUACAUACGGUUGGCCACGGGUAAUAAUGCGGUGGAUCCCGUCGUUUCGGCAGCCGGAAGACUUCCGUUCAGCCUUGAGGAGCCAGUGUUCAAAAAACAGGAUCAGAUGGAGGCGGACGGUAUUAUUGUUCCAGUUACAGAGCCUACGGACUGGGUAAGCCGUAUGUUGGUGGUAAGCAAGCCGGAUGGUGAUGUCAGACUCGUUCUGGAUCCUGCUAAUCUCAACAAAGCAAUCCUCCGACAACAUUUUCCGGUCCCGACUGUCGAACAACUGUUUGCUAAAAUUGGCAAAGCAAAGUUCUUUUGUAGUCUCGACGCGGCGUCGGGAUUUUAUCAGAUUCCGCUUUCAGAAAAGUCUUCGUACUUGUGCACUAUGGCGACACCUCGUUGCCGUUUCCGUUUUCUUCGGAUGCCGUUUGGACUAAAGUCGGCGCCGGAAGUGUUACGGAACGUUUUUAAAGACCGAGACAAUAGAUGA